UUUAUUUUCAUUUCUCUUCAUUUAUUUGGUUCAAUUGAAUUAAUGAUUGUUUUCAUUUAAUUUGAAUAAUUAAAUUUUUUUAUUAUGUUCGAUUGAUUCUAUUGAUUCUACUGUUGAUCUCUAGUCAAUUUAGCAUUAUGUUAACUUUCUCUGUAAUUAGAUCUCUUGACCGUUUAGGUUCACAAAUAAUCCGUAACAAAGUGAUGACAAAAUUAAAUUGUGAAUUUGUGAUUGGUAAAAGAUACUAUUCUCUAAAUAGUGAUGGUGAUAAUUUUGAUUCCAGGUCAAAGUUUAAAAGUAAAGAAAGAGAAAAAGAGGUUAAACAUGGUAAAAGUGGUGAAAAUAAUCCCGAUGUUUUUGGUCAAUUUGGUGUUGAUGAAGAUUUUGUUAUGCCUUUGAAGUCAGAAAGUUUACCUGAUGAUGAUGAUGGUUACGAUACAUUAGAGAUUAAUCGUAAUCGUCGUCAUAUUUUAUACUAUAAGAAUAAAUUUGCCGAGUUAAUUCAUGGUUCUAGAGUUGGCAAAGCCAAGAUCGUGGAAGCGCUGAAAUUAUUUGACGACAUGCGGAUGGACGAUCGGAAAAAAGUACAACCCUACAUGUACACUUUACUUAUUUCUGGUGCGGCUGAAAAUGGUUACACUGAAAAAGCAUUUGAACUGUUUGAAGAAGCGUUGAAAGCUAAAUUAAAACCAACAUUUGCUACAAUUACCGCUCUAUUCAACGCUUGUGCUGAAUGUCCAUUCAAAGAGAUGGGACUGGAAAAAGCGAUAUGGUUGAGGAAGUGGUUAUAUGAAGUGGCCAAUAUUCAAUUGAAUCAAUCUCAAUAUCAUGCAAUGAUUAAAGCUUUUGGUAAAUUGGGUGAUCUCAAAACAGCCUAUCAAUGUGUUGAUGAAAUGGCAGAGAAAGACAUUGCCAUUGAUACUGUCACAUUUAACCAUUUAUUAGUUGCUUCAAUUAGUCAACCAGAAAAUGGAUUUGGUGAAGCAAUUAAAUUAUAUCGACGAAUGAGAUUUCAUAAGAUUCCCAGAGAAUUAAAAACUUACAAUUUACUCUUAAAAGCAACCAAAGAUUGUGGAAUUGGUGAUAAAGAAAAUUUUACUAAAUUAAUUCAUCAAUGGUUUAAUAUGGAUCGAGUUAAAUAUAACGAGAAGAGGCGUCCACCUAAACAAGUGAAUUCAAAGAAAUCAAAGUUAAUUAACGAACCAACUAAUCCAAAAAUGUCUUUUUCUAAUGACAAAGUUUUCGAUUAUCUACCUGAUGGAAGUGUCAAAGAAUUAAAUUUAGAAGAAUUGGAAAAUGACACUUCAAAUGAUAUAAUCCAAUCAAAUAAUAACGAAAAUGGAUUAAUGUUAACGCAACCCAAUUUCUUGGUCUCAUCCAAAUAUCUCCAAAUGUCUAAUGUUAUCAACAUUGAUUACGAAUCACUUAGUGAUUGGAGAAAUCGUUUCCAAUUAAUUGGAGGAACUGAAGGUUUUCUUCAUCUUCUUACAAGCGAAUCAGUUAAACCCGAUAUCAAAACAUUCACCUUAAUGUUGGAUCUUCUACCGGGAAACAAUCAAUGUGAAGAUGAUUUGAUCGAUUGCAUGAAACAAUUUAAGGUCAAACCUGAUACUGGAAUAUUCAAUCAAAUAAUCAAAAGACGUUGUUAUCGGAAUGACAUUUAUUCUGCUAAAAAGGCUUUCGCUGAGAUGCAAUUGAAUCAAAUUCCCGUUGAUUUAGCAACUUUCGGUGUUCUCGCUUCUGGUUGUAGAAACGUUAAAAUGGCUAAUCAGUUUUUCAAAGAUUUAACUGAUUCUGGAUUUAGACCCAAUAUUCAAAUAAUCGGAGCCAUGAUGAAGAAAGCUUGUUUUCUCAAGGAUAUUGUAACCAUGGAAUUAAUCCUGAAAAAGAUGACACAAUUUUCUAUUCCCGCUGAUAGAAGGAUAAUCGAUGUUAUAACUUUGACCAUUGAAGAAAUUGAUAAAAUCCUUUGGUCCAUUGAGAAGGGAAAACAAAAAGCAUUUGGACAUUUCUUGAAUCCAGAAUUUCCCUCGAAUUUCAAUAAAUUCAAACGUUUCUUUGAACAAUGGGCCAGUAAUACUGAUAUCGAGAUUAAUCAUCCAUGGGAUCAAUUUAAAUAUCAACGAAGAGAUUGGCAGUAUUAUAAGAUGAGAAGUUUCGAGAAAACAGUUAAAUCAAAAUUAAUGGAAAGAUCUGAAGUUAAAAAAGCAGUCGAAUCAGGAGCUAAAGUUAAUGUACAUAAAUUGAUCCACGAUUUUUGAGAACAAAAGAUUUGAUAAAUCUUGAAUAGAUGAACUUAAUA